CGCUCGGUCACAUCAGUUCUCGGCUAGCGUGUCUCGAUAAGUCCCGCGAUAAGAACCCUGUAACUAAAUCGAAACUGAAAAAAAGUUUGGGACUCUGCGAUGUCCCUGCCAAACCAGCACCGAUCUCUCGGCCAUAUCAGGACCCCGCGUUUCCGGUGUAUUUGCCGCCCACCAUGACGGCCUCGAAGAAGAAUCUAAAGGCGACAAAGAAGUUCGAGAAGAAACACCUCAAGGGCGUCUUGGAACGGAGGAAAGCGACAGCCAAAAUCAAGCAACGGCAACAGCUCAAGGAGAAGAAGAAGGCCAAACGCUCACAAGAUGACGAGUUCUUCAAAGGGACUGGCGGGGAUGCAAAUGGCGCCAAAAAUGGCGCCAAAAAGAAGCCUGGCGUUAAGGCGAGCGAGAUGAGCGUCGAUGACUUCUUUAAGGGUGGCUUCGAAAUCCUCGACACCAAACCCGGCUCGGAGGAGAAGCCAAAGUCCGCCGCUAAGCUGGGGAAGCGCAAGCGCGGUGAGGCGGAUGCACAAGAGGACCGCUCGGAAGGGAGCGCAAGCGAACCCGAAAUUUCAGACGAUGAUGAGCCCAUCGGCAGCGGCAGCGACAGCGAGUCUGACGCCGGCGAUGCCAGCGAAGAUGAGGACCUGGGCAUGUCCAAGAGCGCCAUGGAGGCGCUGGCAGAGAAAGACCCAGAGUUCUACAGGUUCUUGAAGGAGAACGACCCGGAGGCGCUGGAUUUUGACGAGAAUGCAGAUCUUGCCGAGAUCGACGAGCUCAGCGGCAGCGAUGAAGAGGAUGAACAGCCCAAGAAAAAGCAAAAGAAGGAUAAGAAAGCUGCCAAGGAGGAAAAGGACGACAGAGAGCUCACACGGACCAUGGUAGCGAGGUGGAAGGCCUCAAUAGUCGAGACGCGCUCGCUCAGAACUGCCCGGCAGGUGGUGAUUGCCUUCCGCUGCGCAGCUCAUCUGAACGAAAAUGACGAGGAGAACCAGCAAAGGUAUAGCAUCACCAGCCCAGAAGUUUUCCACGACAUCGUGGUGGUCGCGCUGAAGGGGAUCCCCGACGUUCUGCAGCACCACGUUCCGGUCAAGGAGUCCGCAUCUGGCAAGGUGUAUGUCCAGACCGAGGGAAAGAAGUUUAAGACACUGUCGACGCUGAUCAAGAGCUUUGCCGUCUCGAUCAUUCGGCUGCUGGGCACGCUGUCGGAUGAUGCCACUCUGAAACUCACCCUGUCGGCGCUACAACCACUCCUACCAUACCUGCUUUCGUUCAGGAAGGUGUUAAAGAUGCUGAUUAAGACUGUUGUCGCGUUCUGGUCCCAAUCGGCAAGCUCCGAGUCCACCAGGAUAACAGCGUUCUUGGUGAUUCGGCGUCUCGUAGUCAUCGGUGACAAAGCCGUCAGGGAAGCGGUCCUCAAGGCGGCAUAUCAGGGCUUGGUCCAGGGCAGCCGUCUCACCAACGCCAACACAAUCCAGGGCAUCAACUUAAUGAAGAACUCCGCUGCUGAGCUCUGGGGUCUCGACCAGAGCUUAGGCUACACGACAGCUUUCACUUCGAUCCGCCAACUCGCUAUCCACCUCCGCAACAGCAUCGUCAACAACAAGAACGACUCCUACCGCACGGUGUACAAUUGGCAAUACGUGCACUCCCUCGAUUUCUGGUCCUGCGUUCUUUCAGAGCACUGCAGCCCGCUCAAAGAGGCCGAAGCCGGCAAGGAAAGCCAACUCAAGCUGCUCAUCUACCCGCUGGUCCAAGUGACCCUCGGCGCAAUGCGCCUUAUCCCCACGGCGCUCUACUUCCCGCUCCGCUUUCAGCUAAUCCGCUCGCUCUUACGUCUCUCCCGUGCAACAGACGCGUACAUCCCGCUCGCCUCGGCCCUCUUGGAAGUCCUCAACUCCGCAGAGAUGAAAAAGCCUCCCAAAUCCUCCACCCUUAAGCCUCUAGACUUCGCCACAGCCUACAAAGCGCCCAAAUCCUAUCUUCGCACGCGCGUCUACCAGGACGGCGUCGGCGAGCAGGUAGUUGAACUCCUCUCAGAGUUCUUCGUCCUCUGGUCGAGGAACAUCGCCUUCCCGGAGUUUGCGCUGCCCGUCAUUAUCAGCCUAAAGCGCUGGUUGAAGGAGGGCAGGAAACCGGGCAAGGGGAACAAGAACGGCAAGCUGGCCUCCAGCUUGAUCCUGCUGGUGCAGAAGCUGGAGGCGAACGGGAAGUUCAUCGAGGAGAAGCGGGCGAAGGUCGAGUUUGCGCCCAAGGAUCGGUCGCAGGUGGACGCGUUUCUGAAGGACUUUGAGUGGGAGCGGACGCCGUUGGGGGCCUUUGUCGUCUCGCAGCGGAAGUUGAGGGCUGAGAGGCAGAAGAUGGUGGAGGAAGCCAGGAAGGAGGAGGAGAGGAAGCGGAAGGAGGAAGAGAGGGAAGCGUUGGAAGAUGGGGAGGGAGAUGAGAGUAGUGGCGAGGACGAGGAGGAUAGGGUCGAGGAGAGCGAAGAGGAGGAAGACGAGGGUGAAGAUGAGAAUGAGGAUGAAGAAGAAGACGAGGACGAGGACGAGGAAGAGGAUGAGGAUGAGGAAGAAGACGAAUGAAAUCCUCAUGCCGCGAUCCUAGGGGAGUUAAAUUCCUACAGCUGUCGCGAGUCUUUGUGCUAGAUCAAAUUUCAUACCCGGCGGCUUCACUAUAAUGUCAGGAAUAUAUGGUGUUUUAUUGAUUUCUUGACCACAUUCCUUUAUUCUUCCCAAUCGGCGAUGGAGAGCCUGCAAUCUCAGGAUAAGAGGUUUAGGGGGACGUGAAGUAUUCCCGGAUCAUUUAGACAUCCUCGCCAAAGGGAGACUUCAACUUCACUGGCUUGCUCUUUUGGAAUUUUGGAUGGUACAAGUACCUCUAUCUUGUCGUGGAGAUGACAGACGGUGAAAACUCCGUUCUGAGCUUUUCCAAACGUCGGGCGGGAUUAAACAUAAUAAGUUCAGAAAUA